AUGACAGUUAGACAACCAUCAGAGAGAACAGCACAACGCAACAACGAGUCACUGGUGCCGUCCGCCGCGACGCCGCGCCUCACGGUGUGGCUUGCAACCAACUUUACUAAAGAUGCAUUGCGGCAGAUGCGAAUGCUGGUACAUAAGUGCGUUCAGACAGGUCUCUACCUGUUCGAGCGAGUACAUUGGACAGAUGGCAGACGCAAAGCGAAGCCAAUGCCGGGUCGACACUCGGUUCUCACGGCGAGCGCUUUAGAUGUUCCUACCUUAUUAUCUCCUGCAGCCGCGCCUCCGCUCCGGCAUCUGCGAGGCGUUUGUAUAAAAGUUUCCAUAAAAGCA